AUGGGGCCGUUGCAGAUGUCAUGCUCGGUUUAUAAGCGUUUGCUCGAUCGAGGCUGGCGGCGCUCUGGCGAUUAUCUUUACAAGCCUAAUCUUAAAGAGAGUUGUUGCCCGCAGUACACAAUCAAGCUCGAUGCUCUGGAAUUCAAACUUUCGAAAAGCCAAAGAAAAGCAUUGAACAAAUGGAAUCGGUUCAUAAUAUAUGGAGAGGAUAACGUCACGGCUCCUUCGUCCAAGACACCUCCCUCUCUAAUUGAUCUUGUGCAUGCAGCAGAUUCAGUGGUACUAGAAUCUCAAAAGCGCCAACCCGUUCAUCGAUUGGAGGUAACACUCGAACCUUCGUCAUUCACAGAGGAAAAGUAUCAGUUGUAUGUGAAGUAUCAGCAAUCUAUCCACGAAGACACAGGGAACACACCUACAGGGUUCGAGCGUUUUUUGGUGACAUCAGCGAUCCACGAGGAGCCGAUAGUAUACCAAAACGCCUCCACGUCGACCACCUAUCCACUCCCAACGCACUAUGGCUCGUAUCAUCAAAUGUAUCGUGUAGAUGGGGAGCUUAUUGCGAUUGGGGUUAUCGAUAUCUUACCUGGGUGCGUUUCGAGCGUCUACUUUAUGUAUGCGCCUGAAUGGAAUGCAUGGUCACUUGGCAAGAUAAGUGCCAUAAGGGAGGUCACUUUAGCCAAAGAGAUUCAUGACGGAGGUCUUGAAUCCAUGAACUCACUUUAUAUGGGGUUCUAUAUCUAUUCUUGUCCUAAAAUGCGCUACAAAGGGGAAUAUGAACCUUCAUACCUUCUAGACCCAGAAUCAUACACUUGGCAUCCCCUGGAAACAUGCAUUCCUCUUCUGGAGAAAUCAGAGUAUUCAACAUUUAACGAAAGCAAUUCCGAUAAGGAUGCGAUGUCGCAGCAAGAUAUGAAUCAAAUGCAAGUUGUAGCAUCCAUAGAAGGGGGCAAAAUAAAAAUAGCGUCCCUGGAGUCUCAGGAAAGUUGGAAUAAUUCACGCUCAAGGGAGCAAAUAGAAGCUGUAAUCAAGACUUUUGGAAAUGGACUUAGGGAUGAUAUAAUUCUUAGUCUUUAG